AUGCCGGGGAAUAAACCCUUCAACAUCGAUGACAUCGGGAACGUCAACUCCUUCCUUGCGUUGAUCGGUGGGUCUCAGGUUUCGUCCCCGCCUGAGGCAGAGCGCACCACAGUGUCAGCAUCUGAACGUUCUUCGGUUGCUCCACCUUCUGGAUUAGCUGCAGCCGGAAUCGACGUCCUAAAGCAAGAUCGGCCCGUACCAAAUCGUCACUCUCAGUUGAUACCAGCUUUGGCAGCAUCCGGAAGAGCGGCUCCACCUUCUACACCCACUGCAGGUACCGUAGCGGCGUCCAAUACAACGUUAACAUCACUUGAUCACAUCGAAGACGGAAGCGAUAUUUUGAGGGCCAUUGCUAACGCCUCAAAUCUUACCCUCAAUGACUCAGUCCACGCUCCCAAGAACUUCAGAAGAACAAGGGCGCAAAAUCCUGAUCUGAAAUACGCUACUAUGCCUGCACGUCAUGCUCCUUAUUCUUACAACAGUUUUGAUGAGAAUUACAACCGCGAGUCUCUGAGCAAGAUGAAGAAGUCUGAGCAAGAAAAGCUCAUCCCCAAAUAUCAAGAUGAGGUGAUUGCGAAUUUUGUCCGAGAAAAAUCCCCUGAGAUGGAAAACAAGGCCGAACCCACCAAAGAGCCUGAGUCAGGAUUGCCGGACCGCAACACCAAUGUUACUGUUUCAGACUCUUCUAGCAAGGUCACACAGUCGACCAAGGAGACUCCAGAGCCAACCAACAAAGCUACCAACUAUCCAAAGAUGUCCAUCACUACAGCACCCGGAGAAGCAACAGACGAUGAUGAUGGCCAGAAAGACGAUGGUAAUAGCGAGAAAGAGGAUCGUGAGCACCUGAAACACUUCAAGUCUUGGGGCAAGCCUGAACCACGCAACGGUCCAACUGCUCGUAUUCGCAAGGUUAUCCUCAGCAACCUGCCUGCGGACUCGGAUCUCACUCUUGUUCAAUCACUUGUCUAUGGUGGUGCACUCGAGUCGUUCAAUUUAAUGGCCAGCAAGACCUCCGCUUAUGUGACAUUUGUCGAUGCUGAUGCUUGCGAUGCAUUUUUCGAUGCUCACCCUAAUGGCCUCGUCUUCAAGAAUCCAAAGACCCGUCGCAACCAUGUAGUCUAUGUUGCCAAAGGCCAGGAUGUUGAUGUCGUCUCAAGUGUCCUCCGAGCUUAUUUGGAUUGCCAAGCUUCGCGGGUUGUUCGUGCUACAGGGGCUGAUGAAGACUGGGGGAUGGGAGCGCUCUACAAGCUGGCAGAAUCUAAGAAUCGUAAGGUCGAGACAAUCGUCGAUACUUAUCGUGAUAAGGUCCGUACAAUCAUCUUCCGAUUCACAAACAUCGCCGACGCAGUCACCUUUCGAGGCCAACUCCUACGUGAUGAAGAUUGGGAAAUGUGCAACAUUCAGUUCAUGGACGAUCCUGUUCAAAAGGCGACUGGUGUGCAUCUAGAGGAGUAG